AUGAAGCUACACUCGCUGGGGAGCAGAACCGGCGGCAAGCAACAGCAGGCAACGCGGGCCGUGGCAGGACCUGCACCACAAGCCACCACUACCACACUGUCACUACCGCCACCAGCAUCAGCAUCACCACCGCCAACGUACGGUGCCUACACGAACAAUACCUUACCGCGGGGGCCUUAUCUUCAGUAUAAGUACAACAACAACAACAACAACAACACUGGCCGUUUUCCGUGCAACCAGGACAAUAAUGAGCAACAACAACACCUAGUACUACAACACUACCACCGGGAUGAGCAGCAGCGGCAGCUAGUGCAGCUAUACCAGCAGCAACACCACCACCCCGUAAACCACCGCCAGUCUGCGCAGGCCUACCAGAAAUGGCAUCAACACCAGCAACAGCAACAGCAACAACAACAGAUCCAUCAACAGCAACAACGGCAACCUCCCGGUGGCAGUGGCCUGCUGGAGUUGAGUUCGUACGCUCAGACGAUGGACCCAACCUCACCACCGCUGCCCCCUCUGCCGUCGUCGCAACCGCCGGCGACGCCGCCGCCGCCGCCGCCACCGCAGCGGUUGCGUCAUCAACACCGCAACAACAAUGAUGAAGGCUGUGCUAGCAGUAGUAGUAGGAGUAGUAGUAAUGAUGGUAGUAAGCUUAGACGUAGUACGCCCAGCACCGCCACCACCAUUGAAGCACCACCGCAGUACCACCACCCCCCGUCGCAGCAGGCGUACCAACUACUAAUGAAGCCACCGGCACCAGUACUGGCGCACCGUUCGACCUACUUGGAGCCCCUUCCGACGUACCCGUACGGAAGUCUCGUUGGCAGGCGAUCGCCACCACCGCGGGUACCACCACCGCCGGCACCACCGUCGACUGCUGACGGUAGUGCCGUGCCGCUAUCGAGCGUGGUCAGCCUGAGGCGCCCGAGUCAGGCCGAGGGCUGGUCGCUGCUCAGCCAGUCGGUGCAGGCCCUGCAGGACCUGUUCCUUGGUGAUUCGCCGUCGAUCGCGAAGUUGCGGCCCCUGAUUACGCCGGACAGCCUGCAGCUGUGCUCGCGUGGCCACGUCGUCUACACCACCAGCGUGCCGCCCGGGGGGGCGCGGAGCCAGCACCACCACCCGGUACCCGACGAACUCCAGCCGUACCUGUCGCCGGAGUAUCUCGGUUCGCUCGGCAACAGCGUCCAGCGGUUCAGCGACUCCGACACCGAGAAGAUAUGGAUCUACUCGCUCGGUGUGACGCUACUGCGCACGAUUUCGUCCUUCGCCGUGAACCACCUGCAGCCCACGGCGGGAGGACCCCAUCGGCGGCCGGGCCCGCCCCAGCGCGCCAGCGCGCACGCGGAAGAGGUCGUCCGGUUGGCCAAGGAUGGCGUGGCCCUGACGCCGCUCGACCAUGUCAUCCUGGCGAUGUGCGAACCGGACCUGUACCAGCGCGUCAGCCUGAUGUUUCUACUUGACAUCAUAUCGGAUUACUGCAAAAACCAUCAGCUGCACAAACCGUUUACCCACACGCUGAUCAGCCUGUUCCGGGAGGUAGUGUCCUCGGUUCGCCGGCACCAGCAUCAACACCCGGGCGAGCCCGGAACGCUUCAGCAGCUCCGUGAGGAGCACACAAUAAAGCGUUCGUUCGAAUCGCUUGAGGAACCAAAAAGCGACACCGAUUCGGGGCGAUCGUCCGAUCACGGCGAGCUACUGGAGGUGCUACACCAUAAGAGCGAAGCGCCCGCCCGCCCAACAACGCAGCCACCUAGUGCAUCGUCCUCCACCACCGCCACUCUGCCGUCGGUAGCGCGUUCGAAGAUGGCAUCGAAUCCAACCGAACAGCGGCCGUCAGACGGCACGACAUCGCUGCCGAGGACUCGCUCGGCCAGCGACAACGACGCCCUAACGGCGGGGGGUGGCUCCCCAGCGGCUGCUAGGCGUGCUGUCGGUGGUAGCGUCGAACCGCCACCACCGUCAUACGCUUCGCUCAACACCGCAAGGAUCGCUGAGGUAGCCGAGAAGUGCCCGGAGCCGGAACCGGAGCUGGCAAAGGACCGGAACCGACCGAGGCCGCGAGCAGUCAGCGGUAGUGAACUGCUGAUGCCCGGAUGUCCGGAUGUGGUUCCCGUCGGUCUGGUUCGGCCGGUAGUAGCUGCCGACCCCCCCCACGGUUCACCACCUUCUAUGCCAAAUCCUAGUGGCGCGCAGCUCGCUGUUGCGACCUCAACGCGAAACAACGACACGGCACCACCGGGGGCACACGGGUGCAUUGUCGGAUACUGCUGCGACGACGGUACGUCCGCCAUUGCGGACGAAUACGAUGCUAGUAGCAGCAGCAGCAGCACCCCGAAAAGUCCGGAGUUCAUCCGCAACGCCAGCUUACCGCCAAAGUCGAUUGAUCUCACCGUGCCGAAGACGACGUACCGUAGAAUCGUUACGGUGCUGCUGCUGAACGGCACCAAAGUGAACGUGAAGUGCGAUCCGAGAACGACCAUCGCCAAGCACAUCUUCGAGGCGAUCGUGCGGCUGGAGCAGCUACGGGAGAACUACUUCCUCGGCCUCUUCUCCCUGCUCGGCGGGGAUUUCGUGCACCUGCCGGCCGACUUCAAGAUCUACAAAGUGGCGCCAAAGAUUUGGUAUAACACCUCCAAAAAGAUGGUCCCGGAGGCGGACAACAAGGUGUUUAUGUUGUACAUGCGCAUCAGAUACUACCUGCCGACGCUGCGUGGUAUCAGCUCGGAAGAGUCGCAGCACCUGCUGUACCUGCAGCUCCGGAAGAGCAUCCUCGAGCGGCAGAUCAUGUGCACCAACGACGACCUGAUCACGCUGAACGGCUGGGCGCUGCAGGCCGAAGUGGGCAGCUUCAACGAAAGCAUGAAGUGCUCCGAGUACUACACCAUCUCGCACUACCUACCGGAGGAGGUGUACCGCCGGAAGAAGGAUCUGGCCCACUACCUGCGCAACUCGCACUACCAGCAGCGUGCGCUGUCGCGCUCCGAGGCGGAAAACAACUUCAUCCGCUACGCGCAGGAGCUGAAGGAGUACGGGCAGCUUCUGCACAGCGCCACCUGGAACCGGACGGCCGAGCUGACGCUGAACGUGUACCUCGGCGUGUCGCUCGCCGGUAUCUCGAUCUUCGAGCGCACCGUCGAGCAGCAGGACUGCCGCACCGCCAAGGAGUGCUUCCUGCGCCGACGGUACUGCUGCAUCGAGUGGGUCGAGAUCAAGAGCAUCUACUUCUCGAAGAACCAGUUCAGCAUGUCGGUGCGCCGGGGCGAUUCGCUCGCUACGAAGGGCGCCGAUAAGAACCUGGUGAAGUACAAGCUGACGAUGGACGACGACCGGAAGAGCUGCUUUGCGUUCAAUCUCGCCAUGGACCACCACAAGCUGUACAUGAGGCUCCGCAACUCGUUCAGCUCCAUUCGGGCGCUCACGGGCACGCUGAACGUGAAGAUGAUCGACACACCGAUGGCGGCACUGCCACCAGUCGGGGAACGACCGCCGACGACAACAGCGGGCGUUGCCGGCGGGGAAGAGGCCACCGGCACCAGCAGCUCGUCGACAAGACGCGGUGCCAAAGCGGCGGCGCCGCCCAGGAGCGGAAUGCUAGUGCGCGACCUAAAGUCGAUGCUGAACGACACCAACCUGGCGCGGUUGCGCGAGCGCUUUCUGUUGAAACGCUCCAAAUCAACCGCCGCCGGCGUCGAGGGCCGGUGCAGCGGUAGUGUCGGUAGCCUCCCGGUGGAUCCUCCACCCUACACGUCCGCCCUGGACACGAUGUUGGAUAUCGUGAACAAGCUGAACCAGAACAAGGAGAACGAAAAUCCGUUCCGGGCCCUCAGCGAACGUCGCGGGAAGCUCGCCGGUGACGAGUCGAUGGGGGAGGCCUCGUCCCGGUUUCCGCUGGCCGCCGCCAAGGCUCGUCCGCUCGAGGCGUCCACGGGUGUCAGCGUUCAGCCACCCGGUGCAGUCACAGUGUUGCCGCCGCCGCCGCCAGACGUUUCCCUGGCGCUGAACAGCAUCAUCCGGAACCGGGUGAAGAUGGGCACCCGGGCGUUCUCGACCCAGUACCUAAACAAGUCGUUCGACAACCUGUCAUUCGACACGUCCGCCAAUGUGGACGGCGGGCGGAACGCAGCAACGAUCUCGAAACUGGAGGUGCUCCGAGAAAUCAACUCCUCCGAUCAGGAUCAGGCGCGACUGAACGCGGUGGGCCAACAAGACGACGACGACGACAGCACUGAUGACAGUGAUGACAAUGAUGAGGAGUACGACGAAGACACCACCACUUCGAUUGCCAUCGGUGACCACCGUCGUCCGCUGGCCGACGACGACGACGCGGUAUCGGCCACGAGCAGCAUGAGCUCGGAGUACUUCCUGGAAAAAAGCGACGAACGUUCGAUGGAAGGGCGCUCGCCGAGAGCCUGCGUCAUUCUCUCCAGCAUUCCGAUCGACGGCAGCCGGUUCGAGCUGCCAGCGGCGGACGAGACCAUCUCCGAAACGCUGCUGGAAAAUUUUAACAACAUCAGCGGCUGCAGCAACACGGCGAUGAGCGACCGCAUCCUGAAAACGGUAGUGGUGAUCAAGGAUCCGGUGCGGUUCCCGUCGUACGGACGGAUCCCGGGUAGCGUUCCCAACCGGCCCCAGGAAGAAGCAGGAGACAUACGUUACACACUCGGCAUUAGCGUCAUACAGGGAGGCAAUAACAACGUGUACGUGAGAGACGUAGUCCCGAACGGGGCCGGCGCACGCAGCGGGAUCCGUUUAGGUGACCAGAUCAUCGCCGUGAACGACAAGUCCCUGUUGAACGUACCGUAUCCAGAAUCGCUCGACAUUUUGCAGCGUACGGGACGUACGGUCGAGCUCGUGUUGUCUAAAAUUUACAUCAAACCGUCAACACCGGUCACGUCGGCGACCCUCAACACUCGCAACAAACGGAAGGUGACGGUGGCUGCGGGUACCGCUGCCAGCACGAUCGCGGCUUCCGCUCGGUCGUUUCUCAACGAACUUGAACUCAUCUCAAGAACCACUUCUCAGAAGCGACAGCAGCAGCAGCAGCAGCAGCAGCGGCUGCAGCAAGUACCGUCGUCACUGGGGUGGUCCUCAUCGAAAAGUGUGCCCAACUUGCCAAAGAUGCUGGACGCCCAUGAGAGGGAACAACCACUAACAUCCUAUGAUGCCCGCCAGAUGGCGGGUGGGAGGACUAUUGAAACCGAGGAAGACCUUAGCCAUCAUCGCAAAUCGGCGGCAACCGAAGCUACCACGAAGACGCUGCCGCUUGGGACGAGUGCGAAGAUGAGGAGCCUCGACGAUCGACGAGGAGGACGAGGACCAGGACGUGGCGGAUCGGCAGGAACAACGUCGCGGAAAUACACCGGGCCCUCGCGCUACCCCGUUACGCCUGCCAAGAACACACUCAGGACCACCGCUACCGGCACGACGGACGAAGCAAUCCGGCCACAGCUUUCCCUCUCGAACGCAUCCGAAGACGAGCAGGUGUUCAUCUGA